ACGGAUCAGAUCACAUAAUAUCUUUUCUUACAUUUGCUGACUGCCCUUAGUCGUCCAUUAUGCAAAUUGCGCUCACCGCUGCGCUUCUGCUUUGUCUCGCGCGCUCUGGCCAUGCGACCCCGAGCAACAGGGACGGAAAAUUUGUCGUCGUGGUGAACCCAAAGGUCUGCGACGGAAAUGGACGGAGCGGCGUCUGUCUCCCUUACUUCUACUGCGGGAAGUACGAGGGGACCGUCGAGGGCAAGUGCACGCUGGGCCUCGGGGAGUGCUGUGUCUACCAGAAGUCGUGCGGUCGUUCCUCCUUCGCUGUGACGACCCACUUCCUCAGCACGGACGCUCAGGCCACCGAGAAGGGCGAGUGUGCGGUGGCACUCACGAAGGCCAAUGACGUCUGCCAGCUGCGCCUGGACCUCAAGACGGCCGAGCUGGCUCCGCCCGACGCCGAGGGAGUGUGUCAAGACCAAUUCCUUCAGGUGGAGGGAGUGAGCGGCGUUUCGCCCAAGAUCUGCGGGACAAAUUCGGGACAGGAAAUUUACCUCGACGUCCGCGCUGAUGACGGGCCCUUCGAAGUCAAGGUGACAAACAACGUAGAUUCUCCGGACUCAGAAUGGGACAUUGAGGUCGAGCAAAUCGGCUGCACUUCGCCGGACUUGGCACCGGCAGGGUGUCUUCAGUACAUCAAAGGCAAGACGGGGGAGAUACAGAGUUUCAAUUACGAAGAUAAGCCAACAGAUGCUAAACAACCCAAUGGAAAUACAGGAACUCGCCACCUGCAGGAGGACUACAGCAUCUGCGUCCGCCAAGAACCGGGCUACUGCAGCAUCAAGUGGGCGGCCGCGGCGGGCGAGACUCACGCCUUCACUCUCACUGGGGAUUUAGUCGGCAUUCCGGGCAUCCUUCCGCCCAUCUUCGGAUCUGCCAUCAACAACUUGUGCCCCUUCACGGACCACCUGGUGAUCGCUGGCGGCACGGCGGUCGCGGGCGGCGCCGAAACCCCCGCCAGCAUUUUCUGCGGAUCUGAGUUCCCGGAAGAAGUCGUCAGCGAUAGUUUCAGGGUGGACGUGGUGACUAAUGACCGGGAGGGCGACGACGGCGACUUCGACAAUCGGGGCUUCCAUCUCGAGUACGAGCAAGUUAAAUGCUGAAAAGUCAAGUGAAAAUAUUCGACGCGCGUCUACUGUAUGCUAUAGAUUUAGUAUGGUAUAAGAAGUUUUUUAUUGUUUGAUUGUUGUUGUUGCUAAUGUUGAUUUUUUUUGUUGUGUUUGGGUUAUGAUUAUUGUUCUCUGUUGUUUAUUUUUGUAAUGGUGAUGCUAAAGAAAUUGAUCAAAAGAU